UUGGGGAAAAUACACGAAUUUCAAAUCUUUGAACAAAUUCCUGAUAUCUAAUUGAAAGUAGUAUGGAUUCUUCCAGGGAAGAGGCUGCUAUGCAACUUUGGACGCCAGAGAAGACGAGGGUGACACAAAUGGACCGUCUCAGGGAAAGGAUCAACUUGAAAUAUAGCCUAAAGCUAGAGAGCUAUAGUCAGCUGUACAACUGGUCAGUUGAGAACUACAGUGAGUUUUGGGAAGAAGUUUGGAACUUUACAGAUAUUGUAUUUUCUAGGACUUUCCAACAGGUUAUUGACAAGAAUGCAAAUAUCUCUGAGAUUCCAAGAUGGUUCACCGGGUCACGUCUGAAUUAUGCAGAGAAUUUGUUACGUUGGAAUGAUGAUCGGAUCGCCCUCUAUUCUACAGCUGAAGGUCGGGAUAAUGUAAUAACAAGAACACAUAGGCAGUUACGGGAUAAUGUGGCGAUCUACGCUGCCGCCAUGAAGAAAAUGGGAAUCUCUAAGGGUGAUCGUGUUGUAGGGUACAUCCCCAAUUGUUGUGAGGCCAUUGAAGGGAUGCUUGCAGCAGCCAGUAUAGGGGCAAUAUGGAGUUCUACCUCCCCAGAUUUUGGGGUCUCAGGUGUCCUGGAUAGAUUUACACAAAUAGAACCCAAACUGAUAUUUUCUGUGAAUGCUGUGGUCUACAAUGGAAAAACUCAUAACCAUCUUGUCAAACUAAAGCAAGUAGUUCAAGGUCUUCCUGAACUAGAAAAGGUUGUUAUAAUUCCCUAUGUGGUUGAGGAUGAUAAAUCUCUGGAUAUUGCAGAUAUAAGAAACAGUUGUACACUGAAAGAAUUUCUAGAGACUGGCAAAGAAGGUGAAUCAACUCCUGAGUUGGAAUUUGAGCAACUACCAUUUGACCACCCCUUAUUUAUAAUGUACUCUUCCGGAACAACAGGGGCACCAAAAUGCAUGGUGCAUUCUGCGGGGGGUACCCUCAUCCAGCACAACAAAGAACAUCAGAUCCAUGGCAACACAACACGUGAUGACAUCAUCAUUUACUUCACAACAACUGGUUGGAUGAUGUGGAACUGGCUUGUGGGAGCACUCUCGAUUGGUUGCUCUCUUGUACUUUAUGAUGGUUCUCCUGUUAAACCAACAGCAAGUUAUAUCUGGGACCUCAUAGAUAGAUUAGGUGUGACAAUAUUUGGGGGAAGUGCAAAGUUGUUCGCUAUUUAUGACGAGCGGGGGAUAAAACCUGCAGAAAGUCACAGUAUGAAGACCUUACAUACAAUACUCUCCACUGGGUCACCACUGAAGCCUGAUACUUAUGACUAUCUGUACAAAGAUGUCAAGAAAGAUCUUCUUGUAGGGUCUAUAACUGGAGGUACAGAUCUGAUAUCCUGUUUUGCUGGUCAGAACUGGACUAUACCGGUUUACAGAGGUCAGAUCCAGGGCAGGAAUCUGGGAAUGGCAGUAGAGUGCUGGUCAGAGGAGGGUAAAGCAGUUUGGGGAGAGAGUGGCGAGUUGGUCUGCACAAAACCAUUCCCAUGUAUGCCAACAUACUUCUGGAAGGACCCUGAAGGGAAGAAGUAUCACAAUGCAUACUUCAAUAAGUUUAAAGGUAUUUGGGCGCAUGGAGACUAUUGUACCAUAGACCCUAAGACUGGAGGCAUUGUAAUGCAGGGACGGAGUGAUGGCACCCUUAACCCACAGGGUGUCAGAUUUGGCAGUGCAGAGAUAUACAACAUAGUUGAGGCUUACAAGGAAAUACAAGAUAGCGUGUGUGUGGGUCAGAGGACCAAAGAUGGCUCUGAAGAGAGAGUUGUUCUCUUUUUAAAGAUGGUGCCUGAAGUUGAGUUUACUGAUGAUUUAUGCACAAGGCUACGUGCAAAUAUCCGCAUGCAGUUAUCAGCUCGACACGUACCUAGUCUCAUACUAGAAAUAGCUGACAUUCCAUAUACUCAAAGUGGCAAGAAAGUUGAGGUCGCAAUAAGGAAAAUAUUGAAUGGGGAGAAAAUCUUACACAGAGGAGCCUAUUCCAACCCAGAAUCCUUAGAUCUCUAUGAGAACAUUCCACAGUUAAAAGCAUUUUGAUUGGAUACCGAAACAGUCAUGUGAUUUCUUCUCUUGGAUUAUGGGAAAUUCAACAGAAUUUAAAAGAUAAUAUGUGAUUAACCUCUGAAUACUAUUCGUAGAUACUAUUAGUGGUGUGGUGUUGAUAUUAUAUCAAGGAGGACCAGUGUAACAAAUCUCCUAGGAAUUAUUGUCCUCCUUAUAUAUAGGCUUUACAAAGCAAUGAUUAGAUAUAAAUUUAUGGGAAAAAUAGUUGUAGGAAUUGAGUCAUUGUAUAGAUAAAUGGAGACAUUAACUACAAGGGACAGGUGUAUUAUUCAAUGACAGUGCAAUUUCUAGUGAUCUGAUUGGGCCAUAUGCUGUUAAUAUAUACAGCCUGUAUUUAUACUUGUAUUAUACAAUAUAUUAUAUAUAUAUAUAUUGUAUAUACGUAUGCAACUUGUAUUAUAUUUUCGUCCAUGGAAUACAGAAUUUGUAUUACCCACUGAUAUCACCCUGUCACACAAUUUGAUGUCAUUGUAAUCAUUUUCUGUUGAAAAACUAUUAAGGAAUUAAGGAAUAAAAGAUCAAGAUUCUAUGAUUUAUAGUGAAGUAUUACAUACCUAGCGAAGCAUUUGUA